AACCACCCACCCGGCGGCUAUAUGAGGCAUCCACACGAUAAACCCUAGCUCCUCCGCCCACUCAGAGCCUCUCUCGAAAACCCUAGAACCCAUCCUCCCCGGCGGCGGCUGCCUCCUCCUCCUCACGAAUCAACUCUCGCCUCGCGAAAAUGAGCCAGGAGGCGGUGAACCCGAAGGCGUACCCGCUGGCGGACGCGCAGCUGACGAUUACGAUCCUCGACCUCAUCCAGCAGGCCGCCAACUACAAGCAGCUCAAGAAGGGCGCCAACGAAGCGACGAAGACCCUGAACAGGGGGAUAGCGGAGUUCGUGGUGAUGGCGGCGGACACGGAGCCGCUCGAGAUCCUCCUCCACCUCCCCUUGCUAGCUGAGGAUAAGAAUGUGCCAUAUGUAUUUGUUCCUUCGAAGCAAGCUCUUGGUCGCGCUUGUGGGGUGACAAGGCCGGUCAUUGCUUGCUCAGUGACCAGCAACGAGGGUAGCACACUGAAACAGCCGAUACUGAGUCUCAAGGAUGCUAUCGAGAAGCUUCUCAUAUGAUUUAUAAAAGACCUUUCAGUGUGAUGGGCCUCGGAGUGACACAUUUUUCAGAGGCUUGGACUGGUGAUGGCUUCUUGUUUACUAGAUUUUGCGCUUUCCGAACUAGGUUUGAAGACUGUCAUCAUACUUGCGUUGUGCUGCUUCAUUUUUUAUUUGUGACUCAUGUCAAGACAUCUUGUAUGAUGGUGGUUAAAUUUCUCUCAAGGUUCCGACCACUAUUGUAAUGCCUGAUGACUAUGGGUUUCAGAAUUGAUAGUUGGCUGGUUUCAACUUC